AUGGUUACCACCAAGAACUUGCUGUGGUUAUUCCUCUUAAAUGUAGCACUCCUGGAUGCCACCUCAGAUGCCUCUGCCAUGACCACUGUUCCCAGUUUCACGGCAUCCAUUCCUCCAGGUGGGCCUGAAUUUGUCAUGUUUCUUCUGGCCACUACUUUUGGCGGUGCCUCCCUGAGCCUGGUGAAUGGCAGGAACCGGUGCGAGGGGCGCGUAGAGAUUUACCAGUACGGGCGCCGGGGCACCGUCUGUGAUGACAGCUGGGACCUGAACGACGCCAAGGUCGUGUGCAGGCAGCUGGGAUGCGGCUUUGCUGUUUCUGCACCAUCAAAUGCCUACUUUGGACAAGGCACUGGCGAUAUCUACCUGGACGAUGUGCACUGCACGGGGAGUGAGUCCUCCCUCUUCCAGUGCAGCCACCGUGGCUGGGGCGUCCACAACUGUCACCACAGUGAAGAUGCCGGCGUUGUGUGCUCAGGUACGUCUCCUCGAGCAUUGCCAGUGGUCGAGGGUUUUCCCAUGUUUUCCCUGUCUCCUUCUUUCCCAGGUGCCUCCCUGAGCCUGGUGAACGGCAGGAACCGGUGCGAGGGGCGCGUAGAGAUUUACCAGUACGGGCGCCGGGGCACCGUCUGUGAUGACAGCUGGGACCUGAACGACGCCAAGGUCGUGUGCAGGCAGCUGGGAUGCGGCUUUGCUGUUUCUGCACCAUCAAAUGCCUACUUUGGACAAGGCACUGGCGAUAUCUACCUGGACGAUGUGCACUGCACGGGGAGUGAGUCCUCCCUCUUCCAGUGCAGCCACCGUGGCUGGGGCGUCCACAACUGUCAACACAGUGAAGAUGCCGGCGUUGUGUGCUCAGGUACGUCUCCUCGAGCAUUGCCAGUGGUCGAGGGUUUUCCCAUGUUUUCCCUGUCUCCUUCUUUCCCAGGUGCCUCCCUGAGCCUGGUGAACGGCAGGAACCGGUGCGAGGGGCGCGUAGAGAUUUACCAGUACGGGCGCCGGGGCACCGUCUGUGAUGACAGCUGGGACCUGAAUGACGCCAAGGUCGUGUGCAGGCAGCUGGGAUGCGGCUUUGCUGUUUCUGCACCAUCAAAUGCCUACUUUGGACAAGGCACUGGCGAUAUCUACCUGGACGAUGUGCACUGCACGGGGAGUGAGUCCUCCCUCUUCCAGUGCAGCCACCGUGGCUGGGGCGUCCACAACUGUCAACACAGUGAAGAUGCCGGCGUUGUGUGCUCAGGUACGUCCUGCUGGCCUGAGUCUCCUCGAGCAUUGCCAGUGGUCGAGGGUUUUCCCAUGUUUUCCCUGUCUCCUUCUUUCCCAGGUGCCUCCCUGAGCCUGGUGAACGGCAGGAACCGGUGCGAGGGGCGCGUAGAGAUUUACCAGUACGGGCGCCGGGGCACCGUCUGUGAUGACAGCUGGGACCUGAACGACGCCAAGGUCGUGUGCAGGCAGCUGGGAUGCGGCUUUGCUGUUUCUGCACCAUCAAAUGCCUACUUUGGACAAGGCACUGGCGAUAUCUACCUGGACGAUGUGCACUGCACGGGGAAUGAGUCCUCCCUCUUCCAGUGCAGCCACCGUGGCUGGGGCGUCCACAACUGUCAACACAGUGAAGAUGCCGGCGUUGUGUGCUCAGGUACGUCUCCUCGAGCAUUGCCAGUGGUCGAGGGUUUUCCCAUGUUUUCCCUGUCUCCUUCUUUCCCAGGUGCCUCCCUGAGCCUGGUGAACGGCAGGAACCGGUGCGAGGGGCGCGUAGAGAUUUACCAGUACGGGCGCCGGGGCACCGUCUGUGAUGACAGCUGGGACCUGAAUGACGCCAAGGUCGUGUGCAGGCAGCUGGGAUGCGGCUUUGCUGUUUCUGCACCAUCAAAUGCCUACUUUGGACAAGGCACUGGCGAUAUCUACCUGGACGAUGUGCACUGCACGGGGAGUGAGUCCUCCCUCUUCCAGUGCAGCCACCGUGGCUGGGGCGUCCACAACUGUCAACACAGUGAAGAUGCCGGCGUUGUGUGCUCAGGUACGUCCUGCUGGCCUGAGUCUCCUCGAGCAUUGCCAGUGGUCGAGGGUUUUCCCAUGUUUUCCCUGUCUCCUUCUUUCCCAGGUGCCUCCCUGAGCCUGGUGAACGGCAGGAACCGGUGCGAGGGGCGCGUAGAGAUUUACCAGUACGGGCGCCGGGGCACCGUCUGUGAUGACAGCUGGGACCUGAACGAUGCCAAGGUCGUGUGCAGGCAGCUGGGAUGCGGCUUUGCUGUUUCUGCACCAUCAAAUGCCUACUUUGGACAAGGCACUGGCGAUAUCUACCUGGACGAUGUGCACUGCACGGGGAAUGAGUCCUCCCUCUUCCAGUGCAGCCACCGUGGCUGGGGCGUCCACAACUGUCAACACAGUGAAGAUGCCGGCGUUGUGUGCUCAGGUACGUCCUGCUGGCCUGAGUCUCCUCGAGCAUUGCCAGUGGUCGAGGGUUUUCCCAUGUUUUCCCUGUCUCCUUCUUUCCCAGGUGCCUCCCUGAGCCUGGUGAACGGCAGGAACCGGUGCGAGGGGCGCGUAGAGAUUUACCAGUACGGGCGCCGGGGCACCGUCUGUGAUGACAGCUGGGACCUGAACGACGCCAAGGUCGUGUGCAGGCAGCUGGGAUGCGGCUUUGCUGUUUCUGCACCAUCAAAUGCCUACUUUGGACAAGGCACUGGCGAUAUCUACCUGGACGAUGUGCACUGCACGGGGAGUGAGUCCUCCCUCUUCCAGUGCAGCCACCGUGGCUGGGGCGUCCACAACUGUCACCACAGUGAAGAUGCCGGCGUUGUGUGCUCAGGUACGUCCUGCUGGCCUGAGUCUCCUCGAGCAUUGCCAGUGGUCGAGGGUUUUCCCAUGUUUUCCCUGUCUCCUUCUUUCCCAGGUGCCUCCCUGAGCCUGGUGAACGGCAGGAACCGGUGCGAGGGGCGCGUAGAGAUUUACCAGUACGGGCGCCGGGGCACCGUCUGUGAUGACAGCUGGGACCUGAACGACGCCAAGGUCGUGUGCAGGCAGCUGGGAUGCGGCUUUGCUGUUUCUGCACCAUCAAAUGCCUACUUUGGACAAGGCACUGGCGAUAUCUACCUGGACGAUGUGCACUGCACGGGGAGUGAGUCCUCCCUCUUCCAGUGCAGCCACCGUGGCUGGGGCGUCCACAACUGUCAACACAGUGAAGAUGCCGGCGUUGUGUGCUCAGGUACGUCUCCUCGAGCAUUGCCAGUGGUCGAGGGUUUUCCCAUGUUUUCCCUGUCUCCUUCUUUCCCAGGUGCCUCCCUGAGCCUGGUGAACGGCAGGAACCGGUGCGAGGGGCGCGUAGAGAUUUACCAGUACGGGCGCCGGGGCACCGUCUGUGAUGACAGCUGGGACCUGAACGACGCCAAGGUCGUGUGCAGGCAGCUGGGAUGCGGCUUUGCUGUUUCUGCACCAUCAAAUGCCUACUUUGGACAAGGCACUGGCGAUAUCUACCUGGACGAUGUGCACUGCACGGGGAAUGAGUCCUCCCUCUUCCAGUGCAGCCACCGUGGCUGGGGCGUCCACAACUGUCAACACAGUGAAGAUGCCGGCGUUGUGUGCUCAGGUACGUCUCCUCGAGCAUUGCCAGUGGUCGAGGGUUUUCCCAUGUUUUCCCUGUCUCCUUCUUUCCCAGGUGCCUCCCUGAGCCUGGUGAACGGCAGGAACCGGUGCGAGGGGCGCGUAGAGAUUUACCAGUACGGGCGCCGGGGCACCGUCUGUGAUGACAGCUGGGACCUGAACGACGCCAAGGUCGUGUGCAGGCAGCUGGGAUGCGGCUUUGCUGUUUCUGCACCAUCAAAUGCCUACUUUGGACAAGGCACUGGCGAUAUCUACCUGGACGAUGUGCACUGCACGGGGAAUGAGUCCUCCCUCUUCCAGUGCAGCCACCGUGGCUGGGGCGUCCACAACUGUCAACACAGUGAAGAUGCCGGCGUUGUGUGCUCAGGUGCCUCCCUGAGCCUGGUGAACGGCAGGAACCGGUGCGAGGGGCGCGUAGAGAUUUACCAGUACGGGCGCCGGGGCACCGUCUGUGAUGACAGCUGGGACCUGAACGACGCCAAGGUCGUGUGCAGGCAGCUGGGAUGCGGCUUUGCUGUUUCUGCACCAUCAAAUGCCUACUUUGGACAAGGCACUGGCGAUAUCUACCUGGACGAUGUGCACUGCACGGGGAGUGAGUCCUCCCUCUUCCAGUGCAGCCACCGUGGCUGGGGCGUCCACAACUGUCACCACAGUGAAGAUGCCGGCGUUGUGUGCUCAGGUGCCUCCCUGAGCCUGGUGAACGGCAGGAACCGGUGCGAGGGGCGCGUAGAGAUUUACCAGUACGGGCGCCGGGGCACCGUCUGUGAUGACAGCUGGGACCUGAACGACGCCAAGGUCGUGUGCAGGCAGCUGGGAUGCGGCUUUGCUGUUUCUGCACCAUCAAAUGCCUACUUUGGACAAGGCACUGGCGAUAUCUACCUGGACGAUGUGCACUGCACGGGGAAUGAGUCCUCCCUCUUCCAGUGCAGCCACCGUGGCUGGGGCGUCCACAACUGUCAACACAGUGAAGAUGCCGGCGUUGUGUGCUCAGGUGCCUCCCUGAGCCUGGUGAACGGCAGGAACCGGUGCGAGGGGCGCGUAGAGAUUUACCAGUACGGGCGCCGGGGCACCGUCUGUGAUGACAGCUGGGACCUGAACGACGCCAAGGUCGUGUGCAGGCAGCUGGGAUGCGGCUUUGCUGUUUCUGCACCAUCAAAUGCCUACUUUGGACAAGGCACUGGCGAUAUCUACCUGGACGAUGUGCACUGCACGGGGAAUGAGUCCUCCCUCUUCCAGUGCAGCCACCGUGGCUGGGGCGUCCACAACUGUCAACACAGUGAAGAUGCCGGCGUUGUGUGCUCAGGUGCCUCCCUGAGCCUGGUGAACGGCAGGAACCGGUGCGAGGGGCGCGUAGAGAUUUACCAGUACGGGCGCCGGGGCACCGUCUGUGAUGACAGCUGGGACCUGAAUGACGCCAAGGUCGUGUGCAGGCAGCUGGGAUGCGGCUUUGCUGUUUCUGCACCAUCAAAUGCCUACUUUGGACAAGGCACUGGCGAUAUCUACCUGGACGAUGUGCACUGCACGGGGAGUGAGUCCUCCCUCUUCCAGUGCAGCCACCGUGGCUGGGGCGUCCACAACUGUCACCACAGUGAAGAUGCCGGCGUUGUGUGCUCAGAAAUACCUAGAUCUUUGAAGUUUGUACUGGUGAACGGAAGGCACAGAUGUGAAGGUCGCGUUGAGCUCUAUUACAAAGGACGGCUGGGGACAGUUUGUGAUGAUUUCUGGGACCUUUCCGAUGCCCGGGUUGUGUGCAGGCAGCUGGGAUGCGGCCAGGCCAUUGCAGCUCCAGGCAGCGCUUACUUUGGGCAAGGCUCAGGCGAGAUCCUGCUGGACAAUGUGAAGUGCAAUGGAAAUGAGGUCUCCUUGUCGCAUUGUAAUCACUCUGGAUGGAGGAAGCACAACUGUGACCACUAUGAAGAUGCUGGUGUUGUCUGUUCAGGUGCCCGCCUGCGGCUCUCCGGUGGGAGGAACGGCUGUGAGGGCCGCGUGGAGGUGUACAGCGGCCGCAGCUGGGGGACGGUGUGCGACGACCUGUGGGACCUGAGUGAUGCCCAGGUGGUGUGCCGGCAGCUGGGCUGCGGCCAGCCCACGGCCGCCCCGGGCAACGCGCGCUUCGGCCUCGGCUCCGGGAACAUCUUUCUGGACGACGUGCAGUGCCGCGGGGACGAGUCCUCCCUCCAGAUGUGCAGGCACAACGGCUGGGGCGUGCACAACUGCAGGCACGUGGAGGACGCCGGCGUCAUCUGCGCAGCUGCACCUCCAAGCACUCCUGCUGAAUGGACGUACACUACAGGUAAUUCAUGCCCACCCACCGUAUUCCCAGCCUUCCAGAGAGCUCCAGCCCAGCACGAGAGGAGAGGAGGGGGAACCUACGCCUCCAAGCACUCCUGCUGGAUGGAUGUACACUACAGCCAUCCAUUGCCACAAGCCUGCUGCAAUCACUGCCCUUUCAUUCACUCCAUCUUCUUCCUUGCAGCUGCACCUCCAAGCACUCCUGCUGAAUGGACGUACACUACAGGUGCCCGCCUGCGGCUCUCCGGUGGGAGGAACGGCUGUGAGGGCCGCGUGGAGGUGUACAGCGGCCGCAGCUGGGGGACGGUGUGCGACGACCUGUGGGACCUGAGUGAUGCCCAGGUGGUGUGCCGGCAGCUGGGCUGCGGCCAGCCCACGGCCGCCCCGGGCAACGCGCGCUUCGGCCUCGGCUCCGGGAACAUCUUUCUGGACGACGUGCAGUGCCGCGGGGACGAGUCCUCCCUCCAGAUGUGCAGGCACAACGGCUGGGGCGUGCACAACUGCAGGCACGUGGAGGACGCCGGCGUCAUCUGCGCAGCUGCACCUCCAAGCACUCCUGCUGAAUGGACGUACACUACAGGUAAUUCAUGCCCACCCACCGUAUUCCCAGCCUUCCAGAGAGCUCCAGCCCAGCACGAGAGGAGAGGAGGGGGAACCUAUGCCUCCAAGCACUCCUGCUGGAUGGACGUACACUACAGCCAUCCAUUGCCACAAGCCUGCUGCAAUCACUGCCCUUUCAUUCACUCCAUCUUCUUCCUUGCAGCUGCACCUCCAAGCACUCCUGCUGAAUGGACGUACACUACAGGUGCCCGCCUGCGGCUCUCCGGUGGGAGGAACGGCUGUGAGGGCCGCGUGGAGGUGUACAGCGGCCGCAGCUGGGGGACGGUGUGCGACGACCUGUGGGACCUGAGUGAUGCCCAGGUGGUGUGCCGGCAGCUGGGCUGCGGCCAGCCCACGGCCGCCCCGGGCAACGCGCGCUUCGGCCUCGGCUCCGGGAACAUCUUUCUGGACGACGUGCAGUGCCGCGGGGACGAGUCCUCCCUCCAGAUGUGCAGGCACAACGGCUGGGGCGUGCACAACUGCAGGCACGUGGAGGACGCCGGCGUCAUCUGCGCAGGUGCGUGGGCAGCAGAGCCCACCGGCUCUCCCAGGGAGCUCGUGGCCCUCUGUGCCUUGUCCCCCGUGUCCCCAUCCCCUCCCUGCCACAAUCCCCGUCCAGCACCUUAUUUCUGUGGUGGCUCAUUCUCAAAUUCCUCUGGGAUGCUGCAGAGUCCCUUCUACCCUGGAAGUUAUCCAAACAAUGCUGACUGCAUGUGGGAAAUACAAGUGGAGAACAAUUUCCGUGUUAUGCUCACAUUUAGAGAUAUCGCGAUGCAAAGCCGCAGAUGCCAGUAUGACUAUGUUGAAGUCUACGACGGGCCUCCACACUCUUCCCCGCUUCUUGGGAGACUUUGUUCUGGCUCCUUUCCCACGUACAUAUCCUCUUCAAACAUGAUGACCGUUCGCUUUCACAGCGAUUCCAGAUACACCUUCAGAGGGUUUCAGGCUCACUACUCCUCCAUUCCAGCAGAUCACAACACUACCCUUCUGUGCUUGCCAGACUACAUGCAUGCAGUGGUGAGCAGAGACUAUCUCCAGUCUCAAGGCUACUCGGCGCAGAUGGUCACCCUGAACGACAGUCACUGUGAACCGACAGUCACGUCACGCGAGGUUAUAUUCAACAUUCCCUACAACAGCUGUGGGACAAUACGAGAGGAGAACAAUGAUACAAUCAACUAUUCCAACAUGAUCAAAGUUACAUCUUCUGGGUACAUAAUCAAGAGGAAAAAGAAUAUUCAGUUACAUAUCAGUUGCAAAAUGCUACGAAACACAUGGAUGCAAAUAAUGUAUGUUGCUGAGGAUACCAUAGAUGUGAAUGAAAUUCAGUUUGGAAGAUAUGACAUGAACAUCACUUUUUAUGAAUCCUCAUCAUUCUUGUGGCAAGUGCAUGACUCUCCAUACUACAUUGACUUGAACCAAGAUUUGUACCUUCAAGCUUAUCUUCACAGCUCUGACCCAAAUCUGAUUGUGUUUGUGGACACAUGUGUGGCAUCACCUGACCGUCAUGAUUUUAACACUCUGGCCUAUGAUAUAAUCAAGGAUGGAUGUGUUAGAGAUUCUUCCUACGCCACAUACUACUCCCCCUACAGCCACUUUGCUCGGUUCAAAUUUAAUGCCUUUGAGUUCAUUCGCCGCCAUACGUUAGUGUACCUGCAGUGUGAGCUGGUGGUGUGCAGGCUCGGGGACUAUUCCUCCCGCUGCUACCGGGGCUGUAUUAACAGGUCCAAGAGAGAUACAAGUUCUGCCGAGGAAGAAGUGAAGGUGGUUGUCGGACCACUUCAGCUUCGAGAAGGGGAUGCUCAGAGUAGGAAUACCGGGCUGGACUCUUCCGAGCCUCGUCCCCAGGCGGUUCCCGCUGCUGCUGAUAAUCCCCUCGCGCCGGUCAUUGCUGUUGUCGCCGUCCUGGCAGUUGUCGUUUUUGUUCUUGCCGGUUUUCUUGCAAGAACUGCACUGAAGAAACCGCUUUCGCAUGGGGUGAUAUGGCUGAUUAACUCCCUGAGCAUCCUCUCCCAUCCAAGCAGGCCCCACAUCCACCGCUAUUCUCACAGCAUCACCAAAGCAAGUGGUGUGUGGUGGAACUCACCGGAAGGCUCAGAAACUGGAGGUCAAAACUUGCUAUGGAACAAAUUUUUGAAGUGGAUAAAAGACAAAUUUAACCCCAAAGGUGUGGCAUGCUCCACAGUUGCACCGUCAGCCUCCUUUGGUAGCACAGGUGCCUCCCUUGCUUCCACCGCCACCACAGAGGAAACCGAGACACCAGAAACCCUGACUACGCUGCAGACAGCCUCUGAAAGUACUGCAGAAUCAUCCAUUUCACCCACCCCACUUACAGGAGACACUAGCACCUCAGCUCCAGAAACCACUUGCACAGCUACUCAAGCUUCAACAGAUCAUUGUGUCACAGAAAUGGACAACUUGAUCACAUCUCCCCCAGUCACAGACAGUACUGAGCCAUUAACAAUUUCAACAUUGCCACCUACGCUGAGCGAAGGGGAGGGUCCUUUGCCAGAGCAGACUCCGUUGCAGGCUACCUGCUCCCGUCUUCCCUGGGGUGGCACUUGCCCCGAAGACGGGCCGUGCCACCGCCUGGGACAAACCCCGCUGAUGCGCUGGGCGGGCUCCUUCUCCGCCGCAGAUACCCCGGCUCUGUCCCUGCGACUGGCAGACGGCGACGGCGGGUGCUCGGGCCGCGUCGAACUCUAUCACGACGGCAGCUGGGGAACGGUCUGCGACGACGGCUGGGAGCUGGCGGACGCCAGGGUGGUGUGCAGGAGGCUGGGGUGCGGAGAAGCUCUGGUAGCUGUGUCUGAAGCCCGGUUUGGUCCGGGCUCUGGGAAAAUCCUCCUGGAUGACGUGCGGUGCAGAGGGGAUGAAGACAACCUGUGGGACUGCUCCCACAGAGGCAUCGCCGUCCAUAACUGCCGACACAAAGAGGACGCCGGCGUCAUUUGCGCAGACAUGUCCCUGAGGCUGGUUAACGGACGGGAUGUGUGCUCGGGACGCCUCGAAGUCUUUCACAACGGGAGCUGGGCGACCGUCUGCGAUGAUGGCUGGAACAUGAAGGACGCCAUGGUUGUGUGCAGGCAGCUGGGCUGCGGAAAGGCUGUCUCAGCCAAAAUCGAAGCCUUUUUUGGGGAAGGCACAGGAGAUAUUCUCCUGGACAACGUGGCGUGCAGAGGGGAUGAGCCCUCCCUGGAGCACUGCUCUCACAGGGGGCUGGGCACGCACGACUGCUACCACAAGGAAGACGCUGGUGUUAUCUGUGAAGUCCCUCCGGAGCUUAUCGUACCUAAACCAAAAGUCCCGACCGAGUCCACGACGACUGAAACACCAGUAACAGUCUCUCCUACUCCUGAACCAGCAGACAUUACCACUUGUGUACCUCGCUGUGGUGCUUCACUUCAUGAGCUCAACAAAGCAUUAAAGAUUGAACUAAAAGCAAAUGCAAACUGUGUCUGGCAAAUUCAGAGGAACGUAAAUCAAACAAUUAGGCUCAUUUUCUCCUAUUUUAAAUUUGCUCCUUCUUCAAGCUGUGAAACAGAAAGCAUUAAAGUAUAUGAUGGUCCCUCAACUAAUUCGCCUCUUCUUGGACAAGUAUGUAAUGACACUGAUGCAGUCCCAGUACUUCAAUCGUCUUCAGACAGCUUAACUUUUCGUAUAACUACAAACUCCAUGGCUUUCACACGGAACUUCUUUGUCUUCUAUUACUUCUUUUCACCAGAAAAAAAAAUUGAAAAUUGUGGGGGACAAUUAACUGGUCCCAAUGGGACACUUACCAGCCCUAACUACCCAGAACGUUACCCUGAAUUUACAUACUGUGUCUGGCACAUACAAACAGCAAAAAACUCGAAGAUAAACUUACAGUUCCAGGAUUUGUUCCUGGAACUAGACCGAAACUGCCAAUUUGACUUCACAGCAGUCUAUGAUGGCCUCACCACUAACACUGGCUUAAUAGGAAAAGUAUGUGGUCUUGCUCAGCCCACAUUUGAAUCUUCUUCAAAUGUUAUGACAGUUGUGUUAUCUACAGACUAUGCCAACUCCUACAGAGGAUUUUCUGCUCAGUAUACCAGCACUCCACUGCUAGCUCCUGCGGAGCCCAACAGUAAGUACGCUCACUACAUGAAUAGGAUGCUGUUUCUUAAUCUCACAUCACUCCUUACAUGCUCUUCAGAUAGCAUGAGAAUUCUUCUGAGCAAGUCUUAUCUGACCUCCCUUGGUUAUAAUGAAACUCACCUACGUCUGAAUGAUCCAUCUUGCAGUCCAGCUGUAACAGAUUCAGUGAUCUUUUCCUUCCCAUUAACAAGCUGUGGAACAACUAAAAAGGAUGAAGGUCAUAGCAUCACUUACACCAACAUCGUAUCUCUCUCUGCAACUGGCAACAUUAUCACCCGUCAAAAGAGCAUACAGAUCAUUGCAAAAUGCAAAAUGGAAAACAAUUCAACCUUAGAAGUCAUUUACAUAACAAAAAAUAAUAUAAUCCAAAACACAACUGCUGUGGGAAAAUACAGUGUUAGCAUGUCAUUCUAUGAUUCAGAUACAUUCUCCAAGCCUGUAUCUGAGUCCCCGUACUAUGUAGACUUGAACCAAACCCUUUUUGCUCAAGUCAGUCUUCAUUCCACUGACGCAAAUCUUUUGGUGUUUGUUGAUACCUGUAUAGCAUCUCCACAACCUGAUUUUGGAUCGCUAACGUAUGACUUGAUCAGAAGCGGCUGCAAUAAAGAUGACACUGUGGUAACCUACCCACCACUUGAACACUAUGGAAGAUUCAAAUUUAAUGCCUUCAGGUUCCUGCAGAGCUUUGCAUCUGUUUAUCUCCAGUGUGAUAUUUUAAUUUGUGACAGCAAAAACCCAAACUCUCGCUGUACCGAAGGCUGUAUCUCCAGGCAAAAAAGAGCUAUUUCUUCAUACACGUGGAAAACUAAUACCAUAGUAGGACCCAUCCGCCUGAAGAGAGAUCUCAGGUCUGCUGAUCACUCAGGUAAGAGGAAUACAUAAAUUAAGAACCUGAUUUAAGCUCUUCCUUGGUGUAAAUCCGUUACCUUCGUUCCACUGAUGAAAUAAGUGAAUUACACUAGUUCAAAACUAACGUGGCACCAGAGCAACGGGUUCAACAAAGCUUGUGUUUUGUGAGAUCACAGAAAUACUGUUCAAACCAACAGACUGAUGGCUUUUUGGAUUAAGGUGUGCUCUUUGAAGUAGAAAAAGCAGCACUCACUCCUAGUUAUAAAAGCAGUGCAUGCAGAAUCUGACUAUGUGUUCAGAAAAAGUUAUGAAAGAAAAGAUUUCAGAUUUUCAAAUGUGACAGUUUUUGAUGAGGCAUACAAAAGGACCAGGGCUCAUUUCCCAAAGCCACAGCCUACUUAAAGAACACAUUCCAAGUAAUAGUCAG